AUGAAUGACAAUGGUCUGCUCGCCGAUUCGCCUCAUGCCAGGCCGCCAGAUGUUCGCCUGCUACCACAGCACCAGCUGACCUUGAAUUUUAAACAACUUCAGGCGAAAAAUAUCCGUGGCCUUUCCAAAUGCAUGCGAGCAACCGCCGGCCGUCCACUCAUCACCAAGUGCACCUUCUCGAUGCCAUUCAACAGCGCAGGUGGCGAGCAAGCCGUGUCGCAGCAGAGUCGGCCAGAACACUCUUCAGGUGCCGCUGCCGUGUGGAGGCUUUCCGACGCAGACGUGUCGCGAGGCGAGUCGGGCGCGCCGCACCGCAGCCAAAAAGUGUUGGACCCGCCCGCUCUUCUUCGGGUCGCUCCGCAGCUGCGUGAAGAGCCAAAUGACACAUCCAAGGGCGCUACUCUUCCUUGCCAUCUUCAUCUUCGGCCCUUCCGAUGCACUGAAGCUCAACACGUCAGCUCUGCAGGCUCGCCGCCAUCGACAAGCGCAAACGCACCCACCCCCAACACCCAACAAAAUGCCGAGCCAGUCUGGACAGGGCAAGCUUCAGCGCUCUUGAUCCUUGCUCCUGCCUGCCGACUACAACCUCACGGUCCAGGAAUCCGAUCUUCCAUCCCGACAGCCCAGAUCGCUCCCACCUUGGAAGACGAGAUGGCCGCCACCCAGCAAUCCUUGCUAGAGGAGCUUCACACCAUCAGCGAGGAAGGUAUCCUGGAUCACAACCACCGCGACUCGAACGCAGACGACGCAUCUGUCCCCGAGCAGUCGGACGCCCCAGCUUCACAGACUUUGGCCGAGCACCAGCCUGCUGCGCCCGCGGAGAUUCUGGAGCCGAUAAGCUGCGCCGCUGCCUCUCAGAAUGGCAUACUGCCUUUGCAGCAGGCCGGAAUCGGCGUCGAGACCGCACAAGCUUGCUCGCAGCAGAGCAAUGGUGUAGGGACAGCUGCGUCUGACGCAGUUCUGCAUUCAGACGUUGCGCCGGCCGAGACCGCUGUCGAGGUCAACACUGCCGCACCAGAACUGCAAAGUGCGGAAGUGGAGCAGGAUCGGAAGACAGACAUUGUAGCCCUGGCCCAGGCUACCGACAGUACAGCGGAACAGUCUGAAGGUGCCUCGCUGCCACCGAAUCACGAUGCAGUGAUGGAGAUUGCCGCCACAACCAUGGCCAUUUCCACCGACAUUCUCUUGGAUCACGACAGCCUUUUCGAUGGGAUCGAAGCAGACGUUUUUGGCGAUAUCGAACUCAGCCCGCCCGUGCGGAGACAUGUCAGCCUCCCACAAGUUGGCGAGCCCAGCCAGAUCAGAAGCAUGCACGCUCCUCCCUCGCCAACUCGUCCUUCUCAGAGCAAAGCAUCCCAGACUGCAGCCGGGCGAAUUCACGGUGCUCUCGAGGACGACCCGUUCUUCCCCGAGCCAUCGGAAGCUGAAGCCGGGCAGACGACGUCGUGCUUCGAAGCAUCGUUUGCCGGCUUCAAGACGGGCCACGGCAAAAAGGUCGAGCUGAGCGAAAAGGCUCUCGAAGUCGCGCGUAAGCUUCUUCACGAUCUCGAGGAGAGUCAGGACCUGCUUCCGCCGCCGAGAACAUCACAGGCGCUGUCGCAACCGUCGCAGUCGCAACAGUCUUCGUCGCGGGCGCCGCCAGCGAGGGCAGCUCAACUUGCUGCGAGGACGCCGAUGCAGGAGGUUCCAUCCAGGCAAAAUGUGCCCGCAGUCGAGAGUCUAGGAAUCCCAUCAACGCUCAAAAGCGCACCAGGUCCAUCGCAGACCACCGGGACAGCGGCCAUGACGUCGAGCCGUCAGAUCGAACGCCCGGCGAUUGCCACGCCGCAGCAAUUCAGAAGUGCGAGCCUUGUCGGCAGUCAGGCUCCAGGCACUCCCAUGCAUAUGCCGGGCUCGUCCUCGCUCGCGCGCUUCACAACGCCACAGCCGACCAAAAAGGUUUCGCUCGGCGUGCUUCCUCGCGUCGGCAUGAGCGCUAGCUCGAGCCGCAAGAGGCCCGUUCCCAAGUUCGUGACGCCUUUCAAGGCCGGCAAACGGCCAAAAGCCGAAGAGCUCGCAGAUGCAUCUUCGCCGGUCAGAAAGCUGGACUACGGCAAGGUCGGCGCCUCGACGUCCACCUUUACGUCCGCUCGCCAGUAUCCCGCGACGCGCAGCACACGGCCUGUCAGUCCUGUCCAUUCGGACGCAGUGUCUGUCUUUCGAUUGCAGUCCGGUGUGCCUCGACUGCGUCUGGCCGACGUCGGGCGGCCGGAGCAAUUCUCGUCCAUGCAGCUGAUCGCCAGAGGCGUUCCGGACGAGAUCAUCGUCAUCUUGAACGACGCGUCGCGCGCAGCGCAGUACGCUUUCGAGGGUCCUGAUGGAUCAUUACUCCAGCAGCAGGACGCUCUUGACGAGCUCGUUGCUCGAGGCUGUACCGGUGCGAAGCUGCCGUGGGUGCAGAAUCAUUGGACGCUGAUUCUGUGGAAGCUUGCUGCCAUGGUGCGACUGGACCCCAGCUGCGCACACGAGCGAUGGAGCUGGCACGAGCUUAUCUGCCAGCUGCUGUACCGGUACGAGCGCGAGGUGCAUCGUGCGCAGCGAUCGUGUCUCAAGCGGAUCCAGGAGCACGACUCGUCGCCAUCGCGUCCGAUGGUGCUGCUCGUAGCCAAGAUCCUCGAAGAAGAGACCGAGGUGCAGGACCGGUCGGGACAGGUGGUGGUGCGCAAGGAGACCAUCCUUGAGCUUUCCGAUGGCUGGUACCGCAUCCAGGCGCAGGUGGACAGUGUGCUGGCACAAGCAUGCCAGCGCGGCCGGCUGCGCGUGGGGCACAAGCUCGCCGUGAUGGGCGCAACGCUGGAUGCGCAGGGAGAGGGCAACGAGGUACUGGCCGCUUACCACUUGUCGACGCUCGUGCUCAGCGGCAAUGCUACUUCGCUGGCGAGCUGGGAUGCGCGGCUCGGAUUUGCGCCGCAGCCAUUCUUUGCGGGCCUUCGCAGCUUGACUCCGGAAGGCGGUGUGGUGUCUCUGAUGGAUGUCGUCAUCACCAAGGUAUUUCCGCUUGCGUACGUGGAUGCAGAGCGGACGACGGAUCGGUCAACUGCGCCGCGCGGAGAGCAGGAGGAGGCCGAGCAGCUCGAGGCGUGGAAGCAGAGGCGCGAAGAUGCCAUGGCACGGCUUGAGCUCCAGCUCGAGUCGGAGCAACGGCGGUUGUACGAUCUCGUCGAGGCGAUCGGAGAUCUUGCGAGCGACGCCUUCCUUCCCACGCUGCCAGAGGAUCCGUCGGGUCGAUUGGAGGCGACGGCAGCCACGCUGUUCGACCAGCUCCAGUCGCGCGCGAACCCGGCCCAGGCGGUCAAGGAGCUCGUCGUCCAGUCUGGGCACGCGGGCACGGUGCCGUGGCUGCACAGUAUGGCCAAGGCAGCGCUGGUGGCCGAAGACGCCGGUGCGGCACGCCUGGACGCACACCUGGACCGGCUGUGUCCGCCGCGCAAGGUGCGCGGCUUCCGCGUGGUGCGCUUCCGCGAUGCCAGGCUGCCAGAGCUACCCGCGCCGCCCGCCACGAAUGCGGGUGCGGCAGCGAAGAAACGCAACGCGCACGCACGCACCGUCCAGCUCACGGUAUGGGACGCGGCGCAGCUCGGCGACGAGCUGCAGGAAGGUCGCCGCUUCUGGGUGACGAAUCUGGUGCCGACGUCCAAAACAGCAUGGCGCAAGCCCGACGAGGCCGCCGACGUGUUUCUCGCCACGCGCCGCGACACCAAGUGGCGCCCUGUGCGAUAG